AUGGCCGAACCCAAGAGUGUCACAGCUGGUGCACCUCUCGUGUUUCCAAUUAUCUGCCUCACUGCGUCCCUACUUUUCAUCCUUCUACUGAACCGCCGUGCAUGUGAGAGCCUCGCCACCAAAUGCCACCAAUUCAUUUACCAGUCCUAUAUCACUGCCAAGGACCAGGUCUUCCAACAAUGGUUCGCUCUCCCUCAUAAUACAGCCACAACCAACGAACUAGAGCUGCGCUAUGGGCUUCUCACUCCAUCCGAUACACCGACUGGAUCUUCUUUCGGGGACGAGGACGACGAGUACAAUCGGUUGGACUGGGAAAGUGGGAAUGGAUGGAUUGACAUUCUUGUCGACAAUUACGUUCGGUGGUUAAUGGAUUCUGACUGGGACGACGAUACGUGGUGA